AUGGCCAGUAAGCUUCAAGAGGAAGUAAUCUGCCCCAUCUGCAUGGAUAUUCUGCAGGACCCUGCUACCGUCGACUGUGGGCACAAUUUCUGUCUCAGGUGCAUCACUCAGACGAAGGAAGCAGCAGAAAACAUUCUUAAAUGUCCCCUCUGCCAAAAAAUUGUGAGGAGGGACACGAUCACGCCCAACUGGCUGUUGGUGAAUUUGGUGGAGAAAAUCCAAGGUAUGGAUGCCUCUGAGAUGCAGCCCAAAGUGGAAGAGCUGAGAUGUCUGAGGCAUGGGGAGAAGUGUCAUUAUUUCUGUGAGUUCGAUGGCAAUUUCCUCUGUGUGGUGUGUCGUGAAUCCAAGGACCACAAAUCCCACAACGCAACUUUGAUAGAAGAAGCUGCCCAGAGUUAUCAGGAGCGGAUUCAAUCACAGGUUGAGGCCUUGCAGCAAAAGGAGAGGAUGAUAGUUCAAACGAAGUCACAAGGUGAACAGAAGAUCAAUGUCUUCAUGGCCCAGGUGGAAAAUGAGAAGGAAAAGAUCAUGACAGCAUUCAAACAGCUGCAUCGGCUGCUAAAGGAGGAGAAGAACUUCCUCCUGUCACGGGUCAACUGGCUGGGUCAGGAGAUCGCCAGGUGGAAAAAAUUGUAUGUCAUUUCCACUGAGACGCAGCUGAACUCUCUCAGGAAGCUUAUGGAUUCCCUGAAGGCCAGGCAGUGUUUGCCACCGGACCAGCUGCUCCAGGUGAGGCCACAUCUUCCUAGGAGUGAAGGAUUUCAACUUCUCAACCCAACCCCUGUUUCAAUGGACCUGGAGAAAAAACUCAGUGAAGCCAAAUUACGGCAUGAUUCCUUCACAGAGAGCCUGAAAAAAUUCAAAGACAGCCUCCAGGCUGAGAGCAAGAAAGAUAAAGGCAAAUUCUUCAAAGGCAUGAGUGAAGAAUACAUUAAGAGCUGGAACCUGUCAGCAAAGAACAAUCCUAAGAUGAAAAAAACCUUGGAGCCGGAGUCGACCCUUCCAGUUGACAGAACAGCUCAGCCAGUGUCACCAAAUCCUGAACCCUCAACUUCAUCCUCCCCGCUCUCCUGCAGCAAAAGCAAGUCCUCUUUUGUUUCAUAUUUACCAAUCCAAGACAGCGCUGAGAACCCGGGGGGCCCUGGAGCUGUGUGUAUUGAAGAGCUCAAGAUGGCGCUGGCCCCGGUGACCCUGGAUGCGGCCUCGGCUCACCCGGAUCUCAUCAUAUCCCAGGAUCUGAAGACAGUGACGCUGAACACGGCUCCUCAGAGCGACUGGACUGAGCCCAGCGACCCCGAGCGCUUCCAUCCGUUCCGUUGUGUUCUGGGCUUGCCAGGCCUCUCCUUCGGCUGCCAGACCUGGGAGGCGGAGCUCCAAGGGCCCGGGGGCGGGAGCUGCCUGGUGGGCGUGGCCUCAGAGCCAGUACCGCGGAGGGGCAUGCUGGUGAUAGAGCCCUUGAGCGGCUUCUGGGCGCUGCGCAUCGCAGGCUCCGAGUGCCAGGCGCUCAUCGGGGCUGGCACCCGGGAGGAUCUCUCGGUCUGUCCCAGGAGAGUGGGCGUCGCCGUGAAUCAUGAGUGUGGGGAGGUCGUCUUCUACGACGCCACCACGAGCAACCACAUCUACACCUUCCAGGCCUCCUUUCCAGGGCAGGUCUUCCCCUUUUUCCGGCUCCUGUCACCCGGUACCCAGGUCACCCUGAGUUCCUAG